UCGGCGCGUCCAUUAGCUAACGCAGCUAGCAUUCUAAGCUCACUUUCUGUUCGCAGCCUUUUACCAAAACAGAAACAAACAGGCGUGUUUGUCCAGCACAUCCUCCUCACCGCGCUGACUCUGUGCUCAGCAUGCUCCCUCGGGCCGGUAAAGAGUUACUGGUGCGGAUUCGGUUCUCCUGGAGGCCGUUGUUCCAGGGCAGAUAUCUGCUGCUGACCAACACGCUGAGCGGAGGAGGGAUGCUGGCGCUGGGAGACUUCCUGCAGCAGAGCCGUGAGACACACAAGGACCCGCGCCGAGAGCGGGACUGGAGCCGGACAGGUCGUAUGUUUGUGGUGGGCAGUUCCAUGGGCCCUGUGCUGCAUUACUGGUACAACUGGCUGGACAAAUUGUAUGUGGGGAAAACGCUGAAAAUUGUGGGCAAGAAGGUUCUGCUGGAUGAGGUCAUUGCCUCACCGAUACUCGGGAUUUGGUAUUUUCUAGGUAUGGCUCUUAUGGAGGGACACACUUUAUCUGAGGGGUGGGGGGAGUUUAAAGACAAGUUCUGGGAAUUCUACAAGAUGGACUGGUGUGUUUGGCCUGCAGCUCAGGUGAUUAACUUCUACUUCCUGUCACCCAAAUUCCGUGUGGUGUACGUCAACACGGUCACUUUAGGAUGGGAUACCUACCUCUCCUACCUCAAACACAGAACGACCGAAGCAUCCAGCACAUCAGAGACGAUGCAGCCCAGUGCUGCACCCGAGGCAUCGACUGCCAGCCGGGAGACCAGCUACACGCAUUUCAAUGCAACGCCUGAUGGAAAACCAGAAAAGUCCAGCAGCACUGCAUACAUGUCCACCACAGGUGUUCCAAAGGAUUUUGACCAAAGCGAUCUGACAUCAAACCCCGGCCUCAUGGCUGUCCUGUGCAUCUUCUGCAUCGUUGUCGGACUGUUAUUGGUGGUGGUCACCAUAAAAUGUAUCCGAUCACCGAGGUCCAACUUUGAAAGGCUCAAUGAUGUGCCAAUGAACAAAGUGAAUGAAGAAUCUCCUUUUGCACAGUACUCAAAGUGACAGGGAAGACUUGGACAGAGGCAGAGCAGCAGAGACGCCAACAUUAAUGUCACUGAAGUGGGGAAAAAUGUUUAAUCGUCAUAUCUGCAACGUUGUGUUCAGGAAAUAAUUGUACUACUAUGCUAUAUGUUUAAAAACUUUUUCCCCCAAAUAUGGCAAUUAUAAUGUCCUUUCUUUUCUUGAUCUGUACAUGUAAAAAUGUAUAUUUAAUUAAUCGUACUGCGGACUUGGACAUGUACAUAAAGUCAAGCCAAUUUUUUUUCUUUUGCCAUAUAAAAAGGUUCUUAUCACUGCAGCUUGUUGGUGUUAAUUGAUAUUACAGUGUGUCUCAGACUAUCAAACAUAGAUAAUAUAUCUCUGCAAAAUACGCUUUCACCUCAAGGACUUGUGCAAUAAAUUUACCUUC